CUAUCAGAACACCUUUGUGGGGCAAACCUCGUAUAAUGAAUUGUGGUCGCAUAGAAGAGGAUGAUUCUAAGCUCGGUAUAGUAGACCGCGAAUAGAGCUGUAAUUACAUAUAAACGAUAUCAUGGUCGCGUGGCCUACUAUGUGAGAGAUCUAGUUUAGUGGUAUCCUCGCACGUCGUGACUGAGGCGGAAGAUGCGUUUCCUAAGCCUUGCUUUGGCCCUCUCCGGGGGUGCCGCCGCUCUGAACCGUAGGGCUGAUAACACCGCGAAUGCCGCUCGUAUCUCGAAGAGCUUUAUCGUCGAAUAUGCACCUGGCCAAGUAAAUAGACGAGAUGGGCUUGCUUCCGCUGAGGGCAUCAAGAUUGUUAAAUCUUUCAACAGCCCCGUCUUCUCCGGUGUUAGCAUCGAAACCGACUCUUACAGCAUUAAUAAGCUCGAGGGAAUGCCUGGCGUACUGCGCGUUUGGCCGAACGAGAGGGUCUAUCUGAACCCAGCCGAGCCAAAAGUCCUCGAUGGUCUUCCAACUAACUUCAACUAUACUACCCACAACGUCACUGGGGUGAGUAAGCUUCACGAAGUCGGUAUCUAUGGCAAAGGUGCAAAGGUUGGAAUUGUUGACUCUGGAACGUGGUAUAACCACACAGCUCUCGGUGGUGGCUUUGGCCCUGGCUUCAAAGUAGCCGGUGGAUACGACUUCGUGGGUGACGAUUGGCCUAGCGAGGAGAAGAAACCCGACGACGAUCCUCUUGACGUCUUCGGCCACGGAACUCAUGUCGCUGGAAUUGUCGCAGCAAAGGGCGAUUCGUGGACAGGUGUCGCUCCUGAAGCGACUCUAUACUCGUACAAGGUGUUUCCCGGAACUGACUAUACUGAUACCGCCACACUGAUCGAUGCAUUUCUACGAGCGUAUGAUGACGAGGUAGAUGUCGUAACCGCUAGCAUUGGUUCUCCUGGUGGCUGGUCGACUCAUGCCUGGGCUGAAGUAGCCUCUCGUCUCGUAGACGAAGGUAUUCUUGUUACAAUCGCAGCUGGAAACUCUGGAGACCAAGGUCCUUUCUAUGGAAGCACUGGUUCAUCUGGUACUAAUGUCAUUGCAGUUGCUUCGGUCGAGACGGAGGUGUUCCCUGAAUUCCCCUUCGGAGCCAACUUCACAGUCGACGGAGUUACCAAUACUACCACUCUCGGCUAUCUCCCCUCAACUUUUUACUUCCCGUCCAAAGUGGUGGGGUGGCCCAUCGUACCCCUUUCUUUCAAUACUUCCGAUCCUGCGGAAGCAUGCGAGCCUUACCCUGAAGGCACUCAGAACCUGACGGGUAAAAUACCAAUUGUAAGGCGUGGUACUUGUACGUUCGCUAUCAAACAAGGCCAUCUGGCUGCUCUGGGGGCGGAAUAUAUGCUAUUUUAUAACAACGAGAGUCCAUUGAUUCAGCCGGGAACGACCGACGAUGAGACACUUAUCGCAUUGGUCGUUGCGGAAAUCGGAGAAGCUUUUAUCGACGCUGUUAGGAAUAACGGUACCGUGACGGCAGAUUUCUCUGUGAACCCGGAGAACCCAAUUGGCUACGCAAACCCCUUUGCCAACAAGCCUGACAUCUUUACGCAAUGGGGACCCUCUUAUGACCUGGAUCUUAAGCCCGAUAUUGCUGCGCCUGGUGGUAAUAUAUUUAGUACCUACCUCGACGGCGACUACGCAAUCAUGAGCGGGACGUCGAUGGCGACCCCGUAUGUUGCUGGUAUCGCGGCUCUUUACAUCGGAGCUUUCGGUGGUCGCAGUGUCCACGGUAAAGGCUUCGCGCAUAGCCUUCGCAGGAAGAUUAUCUCCAGUGGAGCAGCUCUACCUUGGUUCGACGGUUCGGAUCAGGACUAUGGCUUUACUGCUAGUGUUGCGCAGGUCGGUAACGGGUUGGUCAACGGCUUCAAGGUUGUGAACUACAGCACGGAUGUCGAUUACGAGAAAUUCAACCUGAACGACACUGCGAACUUCAAAGAAUCCCACCUAGUUACCGUGACAAAUAAUGGCGCCCGUGAUGUCAGCUACAGCUUUACUACGGAGAGCGCUGGUGGUAUUGAGGUUAUCGGUUGGUUUUCCGAUGCUGGAUCAAGGAGAGUGAAGAAGUUCGACGAGUUGGAGCCCAUAGACCUUCCUGUCGAUGUUCGCCUACCAGAGGAUUUCACCCUUAAAGCCGGAGAGAGCAAAACCGUUACCGUCAACUUCGUUAACCCUGAGGGUUCGGGUUGGAACUCUUCUGGUUUCCCUCUGUAUAGUGGGAAGGUCAUAUUAUCAUCAAGCGCUGGAGAACAGCUUUCUUUCCCGUACCUAGGUGAGUACCUAGCGCGUACUUAGAUAUAGGGGAUGCUAAGAGGCUGUUUGGGACCGUAAGCAGUGCUUUACUUAUGGCUCGUGCCAACCCUAACACAUAAAUUGGCUGAAUUGUGUCUCGAUUAUAAGGCGAUCUCCAUUAUAAUUUAGAUAAAUUAACGCCAACUUUAAUAUAUAUAAACUAUUAAAUAUUUAUAGUUUUAUACUUAUAAAUUUAACUUAUAUAU